AGAAUCAUCUUCUAUUUGUCGAACAACCACCGCCAGUAUCGCUCGACUCGUCAAUAAGUUCACACCACAUUUAGCACCUCCAAUUUUAACAAUAUGGCUAGUAUCAUCCGCAAGAUCAUUUCCACUAAGAAAUGCCCCAAGGCAGUUGCACCUUACAACCAAGCCAUCGUUGCCGAUCGCACCGUGUACUGCUCGGGAGUUUUGGGCAUGGAGUUGGAAUCGUUGCAGCUGGUCGAAGGAGGAGCGGCCGCCCAAACCGAGAAAGCUCUCCAGCAUUUGACCACAUUGCUGAACGAAUCCGGAUCCAGCAUCGACAAAGUGGUCAAAACAACCAUCCUGCUGGCCGAUAUGAAUGACUACGGUGUUGUAAACGAUGCAUACAAGCGAGUGUUCUCCAGCAAUUUUCCCGCACGGACAUGCUUCGCUGUGAAUAAAUUGCCGCUGGGGGCGGCUGUGGAGAUCGAGGCCAUUGCACUGACCGGUGAUGUGAUCCAGGUUUCGGCAUGACUGGAAUCGAAAAUGUAACACAAUCAAGAAUAGUACCCGAGGUGAUAAUUUGAGGCGCAAAGGUUACCGAAAGUGCUAAAUGGCGAUAUUCAUAAAAUUGAAUAUUCACCAUGAGUUUCACGAAUACCGCCAUUUAGCGCAAAUUAAUCGAAUAAACGCCAAGGACGGCUACACUAGAACGCA